CACAUAAAGCUAAUGAUGAGUAACAAUUGUUAAGCCAGUAAGAAGACAACUACACUAUAAUGGAUCACUAAAAGAUAUGGAUCUACUGUUUUUUUGUUAUAUUGAAACAGUCUUGUCAAUACUGGUUGAAUGCAAGUUUUCACCUACGAAGAAUAACUAACGUCCGCCUUACUAGAAAGCAACCGACCAAUUCACUAAAAACGUGUGUCAGUCUAGAUACUGUGUGAUCGAUGAUCAAUCUUGUCAAUACUGGUUGAAUGCAAGUUUUCACCUACAAAGAAUAACUAACGUCAACCUUACUAGAAAGCAACCGACAAUUAACUAAUAACGUUUGUCAGUCUAGAUACUGUGUAACCGAUGAUCAAUAAUAAAGUAAUAAUGAAACCAACCAUCAGAUGUCCUGUGAUGAUUAAUCCAGAAAAAGAUGCAGAAAGAAUUAACAAGUCAAUUAAAUUAAUCGAUGCUGAUGAAGACAUCAUCAAUGAAAUACUCGGUCAUAGAAAUUUUAUACAACGUAUGGUUAUUGCAGAGGCUUAUAAACGUUUAUACAACAAGGAUAUUACAGAACAUUUAGGCUCUGUUUUAUUAGGCGGUUAUGAUAGCCUAGUGAAAACAAUGUUUAGAAAUCCAAUGGAGAUUUUAGCCAAUGAUUUAUAUAAAGGCAUGAAGACAUUGGGUUCAAAUUAUCAAAUAAUGACCGACAUUAUCUGUUGUUGUAAUAAUACUGAAAUAUAUUUAUUAAAGAAAGCAUAUGAUAAAAUACUAAUGGCCGAAGACCCAAAAUGUUGUCGUCAGCGUUCAUUAGAAGUUGAUGUUAUGAAAGAAUCGAAAGGCGCAUAUAAAUUAUUUAUGCAACAAUUGUUAAAAGGAGAACGAUGUGAAGACUGUAAAAUUCAAGCUACUUCAACUAAAAAUAUAACUGAAGAAGCUUUACAUGGUGUCAAUCAACAGUUAGUUGCAGAUGACGUGAAUGAAUUAUACGAAGCAAGUGAAGGACAAAUAGGUAAAGGUGAUCCUUCCGUCUUUAUAUCAAUUUUAUCAAAACGCAGUAAAUAUCAUAUUCAGGCGGUAUACAAUGCGUACUAUAAGAAAUAUGGCCACCUUCUAGUGGAUGCUAUUUCACGGAAAUUUUCGAAUCCUCUUCGUACAGCAAUGAAUACUGUCAUUAUGGCACUCAUUGAUCUGCGUUUACUACUCAUCUGUCAACUUUACUGUAGUAUGGAAGGUAUAGGAAUGAACGAGGAUACAGUCAUUCGUAUUAUAUGUCUUCGAUGUGAGAUUGAUUUGCAAAAUAUAAAAGAAUUAUAUGAAAAAUUCUUUUAUAAACCAUUAACUAAGAGUAUAGCAUGUGAAACACAAGGCGGUUUAAAGAAAUUAUUAUUAAUUCUGCUGAAUUGUGAAUAGAAAAGAAAUGAAGGAAAAGAAGACGAACAACAACAACAACAGCAGCAACAACAUUAACAAAAGUGAAAUUUUACAAAAAAGACGCGCUUACAAUGACCAACUUUCUUAUCUUUUCAAACUAUUCGUUUCUUUCGCUAAAGCAUAAAAUAUACUAGAGUGAAAUAUAGUUAUAAUUAAGCU